AUGGCGAACGCGGCGCAGACGGCGUCAUCCAACGUCGCCGCAGCCGCGGCGAACCAAGACCGCAAGCGCGUCAAGGUCUACGAGCUGAAGAAUAACGACUGGUACGAUCGCGGGACGGGGUUUUGCACGGGACAGUACUUCGUCCCGCCCGACCACCCUUCUGAGCCGCUGGACGCGCGGAUCACGGUGGUGAGCGAAGAGGAUGUGGCGCGGACGUUGCUGGAGACGCGGAUCACGAAGGAUGAUGGGUAUCAGAAACAGCAGGAUACGCUGAUAGUAUGGACGGAGAGCUCGGGGACGGAUAUGGCGUUGAGCUUCCAAGAGGCGGAGGGCUGCGCGCAUAUCUGGGAGUUCGUGAGCGAGGUGCAGACGCAUCUUGCUGCGGCAGCGCCGGGGGACGACCUCUCGGACGAUCUGCUGGAUACCGUCAGUCAUAUCGUGCUGCCGGAGCCGCAGCUGGGGCAUCUGGAGGACGUGGAAAUUGCGCUGCGGCAGAUUACGAGUACGCCGAACGGACGGGAUGGGCUGGGGAAGCAUAUCAUGGCGCAAGGGUAUAUCUUGAAGCUGGCGCCGUUGGUGGAGUUGGCGGAGCAGCAGGAGUCGACGCCGGAUUUGCAUAGGCUGUGCACGAUUAUGAAGCAUUUGAUUUUGCUCAACGACACUGGCAUUAUUGAGCACUGCGUCACGGACGAAGUGGUCAUGGGUGUCGUGGGCGCUCUGGAGUAUGACCCCGAUUUCCCUUCACAUCGCGCGAAUCAUCGCCAAUGGCUCUCCGACACGUCUCGCUUCAAGGAAGUGGUACCGAUUGAAAGCCAACUCAUCAGAUCCAAGAUCCAUUGGACAUAUCGACUACUCUACCUGAAAGACGUGGUCUUGGCACGAAUACUGGACGACCCGACAUUUUCCGUUCUGAACAGCCUGAUCUUCUACCACCAGGUUGAUAUUGUCAACCAUUUGCAGGGAAGGGAAGAGUGGCUAAGGUCGCUAUUCGAAAUCUUCGCCGCAGCAGACGAAGAGCGGGCUGAGAAGAAAAAGGAAGCGGUGCUUUUCAUCCAGAACUGCUGCGCUGUGAGCAAGAACAUUCAGGCCCAAGCACGGGCACAGCUUUAUUUGAACUUCAUCCACCAUGGCCUUUUUACAGUCAUUACGUUCGCACUACGACAUCACGACGCUGCGGUUCGAGUGGCUGGGACAGACAUUCUGGUCGCGCUGAUUGACCACGACCCGCACAUGGUCCGCAGCCAUAUUUCGAACGCCAUCAGAGCGAAGCAGGUUCCGCUGACAGACACGCUCAUCGAGCUGUUACUGGUGGAAAUCGAUCUUGGUGUUAAGAGUCAAAUGGCAGAUGCGAUUAAGAUCCUCCUCGACCCUGUGACAAGUCAGAUGGGCAUGGACAUGUCGAACCGUCCGAAUGGUGCUAACCAAGACAUCAUGGCGAAACGAGGUCCGGGCGGGCCUGGUCCUCAAGCGGAUCACCAACAUGCGUACAAUCCUGCAUCGAACGACUUCAUUGACGACUUCUACGAGACAUCUGCAAAACGACUGUUCGCGCCACUGAAAGCGCUGGAGGGCCGAACGGACAUGAGGACUUUGUCGAUCCACGAGACUUCGUUGUACACCCAUUUGGUGGACAUUCUCUGCUUCUUCGUCCGACAGCAUGCUCACCGUACCAUGGAGUUCAUAUUUUUGGAGAACCUGCAUUCGCGAGUGGCUCAGCUACUGGCGUGUCCCCAGAAGUACAUGAAGCUCAUGGCACUUAAGUGGUUCAGGACCGUCGUUGGGCUGCAGAAUCAAUACCAUGACCGACACAUGAUGCAGAGAAACCUCUUCGAACCCAUACUAGCCAUCGUAGAAGAGACGAUGCCGCGCGACAAUCUGCUCAACUCCGCUUGCCUCGAGCUCUUCGAGUACAUCAAGCGAGAAAGCCUACGAAAUCUGAUCAUGCACCUCGUCCCCAACUACCGCGACCGCCUCAUGCGCAUCACCUACGUCAACACCUUCCAAGCCCUAGUGCUAAAGUACGACCAGCUAACCUCACCCUACCCCCAACUCACCAACGGCACCGACGACACCAGCUUCACGACCCAAGAAGGCACCCCACAACGCCUGGUCAACGGCCGGCAAAGCUACGCCGGUCUUCGGGGUUUGGACAGCGACGAAGAAGCCUACUUCAGCACCGACGACGACGAAGACGAGGGCGGCCUUCCCGCAUCCGUCCAACCCAGCUUAUCGAACGGCGCAAGCCCGCUACGCCCCCUGGUCAACUACCCCGACGACGACGAAGCAGACGACCCAAUGGACAUCCUCGCCUCCUCCCCCGAUCCGUUGAAAGACAAGAAAUCCAGCUCCGACCCCUCCACCGACCCGCUCGACUCCGGCCCUACGGACGAACCGAUGGACGACGACGACACCUCCCCCACUGGCCCUCUGCUCGUGGAAGACGACAGCCCGCGCGGCAGGAACAGAACCCCCGUCUCCGUCUCCGGCUCGCCGGGUUCGCAGCAGAGUCCUCCGGAGUCCAUGGCUGUGAAACGGAGGAGAGAAGAAGACGAUGAGGAUGAGUUAGGCAAGAUGAUGGGAGGUGUGAAACGACGUAAUUCUUCCGCUGCGUCCGCGGGUUCGAGUGUUGCGAGUCGGACGGGGCAGUUGAAUGUGCAGAGCUCGCCGCUGCAGUCUGAUGCUGGUGUGGGUGGGGAGGAGAAUGGGGGGCCGGUGUUGGAGGCGCAGAUGGGGGCGCAGAUGGGGUCGUAG